AUAUAAUGAUAUAUUUCCAUUGGGAGGUUUUUCUUUAUCAGUUAAAUUUUCUAUUAAAUUGCUCAAUUUCAAACAGAAAAUAAGAACAAUAAUCAAACACUUGUAAAAUACCUAACCAUUUGUGACCAGCAAUAUAGGAACUAUUCAUAUCCUUAAAUUCUAUCCCAAAAUCCUCAAAAUCAAUUGAAAUCAAUGAAAAGAAAUGAGAGAAAUUGAUGAUUACCUCUAAAACCAGGCGAAAAACUCGAUCAAUUGUUCUUCUGCAGAUUACAAAACCCGAAAUUGAACCCCAAUCUUCCAUUUGUUUGAAGAAAAUUCAUCAUGACAUGGCCGCUUUCUGGUUGGAUUUUCUCUUCUUCUUCCUCCUCCUCCAUGGAAGAAGACCAAAAUUCUCAACCCUCCGAUGAACAUGGAAUCUCUGAUGAUGAACCUGGAACGCCGCUGAAUGAGGAGGACGAGGAAUUCCAGGCCGAUUCUUACCGAGAAGAUGCACAUAACAAUGGACAAAACGCCGCGGUUUCGGAUGGCGUUUCCGAUGAAACAGACGCCGCGGAUUUACGUCAAUCUAAAACCAAUAGUUUCUCUCCAAUUGACGAUCGCAUUCCGUCUGUGGUCGCUAUCCCUGCCAAUGCACCGAACAAUAUCGUUACCGUUGCUGUUCCGCCACGGCGGAGAGCCACUGUCUGGACCAAUGAAGAUGAAAUCCAGCUCUUGCGUAGUUUUCUUGAGUUUGCGUCGGAGAAUCGAAUUUCUCCCCAUCGUCUUCAGCAGCAAGACGCCGCCGCGUUCUAUCGUAAAAUCAAACCGAAAAUUCAGCUUUGUUGCGGUAAGAAUCAAUUACUCGACAAGCUUCGGAGAUUGAGAAGGAAGUACCAAAUCACUUCGAGUAAGAUCGAUUGCGGCGAGAAACCGGCUUUCAAAAGCAUCCACGAGAGAUCGACCUUCGACAUUUCGAGAAAAAUUUGGGGCCGAAAUUCCGGAAAAAAGCAAACGUCGGUAGAAGAUAGCAUUCUAGACGAAGUCCUCGCGGACAUUAAUCCUAACUUCAUCGAAAUCCAGGUGAAAACAGAGAACCUCGAAGAAGACGAAUCCGAAGAGGGAGAAGAUUAUCAGCAAUUAACAAAACGGCGACGCACGGCAUAUCUCUCGGGCGAAGCGAGCAAUUCGAACGAGAUUCCGGCAAGGACGAACAGUAUAGUCGACGAUAUCGGAAAAAUUUCAGGAUUGGUUGAGGAGGUGGCGAGGGGAUGCCUGUCGCCGUUAUUCAAGGAGUUGAUUAGUAACGGAUGGCCGCCGGUUGGACUCGCCGGGAGGAUUCCAAAUUGCGGCGGGGGAGAGGCCGGGGAGGAGCGAUGGCGGAAGCAGCAAGAGUUGGAAAUGGAGGUUUAUUUGAAGAGAUUGGAAUUGGUGCAGGAAGAAAUUAGGGUUUCAUUAGAACAGUUGAGAUCAAAGAAAGAAGAAAGUAAAAAUAACGAUAAUAAUGGCUAAAUUACAAUGUUUAUGAAUAUAAUUUACAAUCUUAACCUUAGAACUUGUACAGUACAUUUGUUUAUAU